AUUUCGCGAAAACGCAAGCGUUAUUUGGAGAAGUACGAGCGCCAAACGGAGGCAGAAUGGACACAACCCAAACCUUAUACAUCGACCGAAAUUAUUCCAUUGCCAUCUACCUCAAAUGGUGAAAACAAUGUAUAUAGUAGCAGUACUUUUGGUGAUGGUUUCAACUUGCCUAACAUCUAUCCAACUAACAACAAUUUACUUGAAGGUGACGGUGAGUUAGAUAGUACCAACCCUUUUCCGGCUAUUUUUUCAGAUUCAGAUAGUGAUCACGGGGAUACCGAUCGCGGCAGUGAUGAUGAAGAUAUCACAGCGUGUUGGGAGGAAGCCUGGGCCUUCAUGGGUAAAUUAUCACCCAUUGAAGGCCUGAGGACAUGGGCUAUUGUUAAAAACGUGCCGCGAACGACGCUCAAUUUACUUUUGGCGGUCUUGCGGAAUUUGUAUCAUUUAGACGUUCCAAAAGAUGCGCGGACAUUCCUCAAAACCCCCACCGAGGUCGGUUUGGAAGUACAAACGAUCUCGGGCGGUGAAUUCUGGUACCAGGGGAUUGAGACGGUCCUACGCAACUAUUUUAGGUAAGUGCUUAUAAUUUUUUAUUUAUUGGGUUGCAUAGGAUUCCCAAUUUAUUUUUUUCCUUUCUUACAGAAAUACCAUUCCCGAACACGACACUUUAAAAAUACAAAUGUCGAUCGACGGGCUUCCCCGAUUUAUAAGUUCCACUAAGCAAUUGUGGCCAAUUCUAAUAUGGGGGUCCUUUCCGUUUGAAGCUCGUAGGCUGAAAUUUUAGCCUGUCAGCUGUUUGCAUUGUAUAGCAGUUUUCGAGCAGCUAUCUAAGUGAGUAUAAUAUACAGGUGGGCUUAUCCCAAGGUGUAUGAAUUUAGAAGGCUGAUUUUUAUCGCUUCUACUUCUGAAUGAAGAUUGUAAGAGUGUUUUGAGUAUUCGUCAAGCCUCCAGAAAGCUCGUUGGAGCAAAAGUUUUCACUCGUUCUGUCAAAAAGUGAUAUUCAAAUUUGGUUAUAAAAAAUGCUAUGAGACCACCUGGACUACAUACACUUUGAUUCCAGAUUCGAUCACCUGAUUUCUUUAAUGCACCUUGGGAUAAAUGUAAACAAACCCGUGUUUUGUAACAAACCCAAACCCGUGUACCCGAGCAGGUACUCGAAUCUAAUUCUAGCUUUUAGGCUAAAAUUUUCUAGACUGAAAAUCGCAGGCUAGUUUUUUGUGUGGUUUUGUAUGGAUUGUUUACAUGAUUUCCACUCCUUCGCUUACACUCACACUGAUAGCACGUACUACAUUUCGCUCCGCUUUAUUUGCGUUUUGUGCACUUAUUUUCGCAAAUUCCGAUCUGGUUCUAUCAUUGCACUGUGUUUUGAUUAUCAGUUGUGCAAGCCUCAAUAAACUGUUCAUAUACUCAAGUGCUCAAAGUCUGUAUAAGUGAUAUAAAGUGUAUACUCCUUGGCGCGGUGAGCCUGUUGAAUCGUCAUGGCUGAUCACUGUUUGACCUGCGCCCGUGCUUCGUCAUCCGAGGAACUUACUUACACUUGCGACGGCUUCUGCAAGCGAUGGGCUCAUCGUUCGUGUCUUGGUGUGAGUAGUGCCGCAGUCAAGGAUCUCAUCAAAGAAGAUUCUCAAAUUCUGUGGCUUUGCCACAAUUGUUCGGAGAAUCGCCGCAACGGACACUCAGUGAUGAUUGCUGAGCUAACGGCGGCACUCACCGAUCUCAAAUCUCAGCUGUCAGCUGAGUUCCAAACACGUAUGGAUGCUGCCGCGGAAUCGCUAAAACGCACGAUGCUAUCCUCACUCGAUCAACACACAGAUACUCGUCCUGCUUCACACACUUCUACAUUCACCAUUCAAUGCAAGACAUCGACAUCCAAAGCACCAGUUCUUUCGUCAACACCAGCCACCGAACUUAGCAACCCGGCAAAACGUCGUUUAAUGGACCGUUCUCCGCCGUCCGUUGUCGCCACCUCUCCGCUUCUAAAUGGCACCGCACCCAUCGCCACUUCAGCUCAUGCCACAUUGCUCCUACCACCAGAAACGCCUAAAUUCUGGUUGUACCUGUCGCGCUGCCGCCCGACAGCCACAAUCUUAGAAGUGGAGACUUUCGUCAAGGAGCAAAUCGGCAUCGAGGAUGUCACCGUUUUUAAGCUGGUGCCACUUAACCGCGAUGUCCGCACUCUGACUUUCUCUUCGUUUAAAGUCGGUUUGUCGCCGGAUUAUAAGGAGAAAGCAUUAUUAUGCUCAUCGUGGCCGAUCGGAACUGUCUUCAAAGAGUUCACGGAUCGUAGGAAUGCUCCUAUUUCUACAUUGUCGACAAAUCCCCUGACCACUACCACUACAGCACCAACAAAUACACACGUACCUGUCACCACAAACACUGAUGUAUCUAUUCAUAUGGAAACAAACAACAACAUUACUGCCUCCACCAACAACACUGCAGUCUCGACGUCACCUCCUCGAUCAUCACAGCAGCAAUAGCAACACUACUUACACACUCGCACUCUAAAUCUCCAUUAAAAUUUUACUAUCAAAACACUCGCGGUCUCAAAACCAAACUUUUGGAUCUUGGCAUCUCUCUCGAAGUUGCGAGUUCUUCUUCUUCUCUGGCUCAACAACCGAUGUCGGUCAAGGCCUGCCUGUACCCACUUGUGGGCUUGGCUUUCAGUGACUAAUUGAUUCCCCACCAUAGCAGGAUAGUCAAUCCUACGUAUGGCGGCACGGUCUGUUUGGGGAUUGAACCCAUGACGGGCAUGUUGUUAAGUCGUACGAGUUGACGACUGUACUACGAGACC